CCGUAUUAUUACAAACUACAGAGAGAGAGAGAGAUUUAUCAACAAAUAUUCUCAAGUAAAUCGCAAUUAGUGUAUUGAAAUCAUGGGAAAACAAGGAUUCUUCGCCCCACGAGAAGACGCGUACACUCCUCUGCAGGUGAUCCGCGCCACCAGCGGCGCCGUCAUGGCCAAAUCUUGCGUCAAACCGUUCGAGUACCCAGUCCAGAUUCUGGUCACGGCCGCCGGCAACGAGCUGGAGCGCGCCGCCACGGAGCUGGCCAGUGUCUGCCUCCACAGGAACAUCCUCGGCGUCCACGUCUCCUUCCAGUCCGACAGCAACAAGAACCAACGGUGGACCGUCAUGCCCUCCGUGUCUAGGGUUCCUCUCAAGUCUCUUCUCGCGGCGUCCCCCUCCCCUCUCCCGGAGUCCGGCGUGGGUUUGCUCCUCCGGGAGACGCUGGAGGGGCUGGAGUGGCUGCACCGGGUGGGCGGGGAGGCGCACGGAGGCGUCUGCGCGGACAACGUGUACAUGGACGCGGAGCAGUUCUGGAUGCCGAAGCUAGGGUUCCGGGAGUUGAUGUGCCGGAAGAAGAAAAACACGGCGGAGUGUUGGGCGGCGCCGGAGAGGGUGCAUGGGAAGGCGGCGGACGUGUGGGCGUUCGGCCUGUUCGCGCUGGAGCUCGUCUACGGCGGAGAGAUUCCGGCGUCUACGUACGCGGAUUUGAGAAGGCUGCUGGAGGACAACUUUGUGGGUCCCAAAACAACAUGGUUCCCAACUUCUUGGAACAGGUUAUUAUUAUUCAAGAACAAGAAGAACAAGAAGGAGAUGGUGAGAAUAUCAGAAUCUUUGGGGUAUUUAAUAAGAGACUGUCUUCGUGAAGAUCCAAGGGAGAGGCCAUCUUCAACACAGUUGCUUCAGGAACACCCUUAUUUCUUGGGGGGUUCCAUUAAUGGUGGUUCAAGAAAGGAGGUCAAAGAGGUUCUUGCCAAUCAGUUCAAGAAAGCCGAAGGGCGUGCACGUUAUUAGUUGACUAGCUAUUUCAAGAAGGAAUAGAACAAAUUGUAUUGG